AUGGCAGGAGAAAACAACUCCAAGGUAGACCUCGGGUCCCAGGAUGUUCCCAGGAACUUCAGCCAGCAUGAGGCAUCAGUGCAUCCCCAUUCCUGGUCUCUGGAGAUGCUGCUACGCAGACUGGGGGCCAAGCAGGAUGACAAGUUUGCCAACAUCCUGGAUGCAGUAGGGGAGUUUGGCACAUUCCAGCGGAGGCUGGUGGCCCUCACCUUCUUCCCUAACAUCCUGUCAGCCUUCUUCAUGUUUGCUGACCACUUCGUGUUCACAGCCCAGAAGCACUAUUGCAACACCAGCUGGAUCCUGGCAGUGGGCCCCAACCUGUCAGAGGCGGAGCAGCUGAAUCUAACUCUGCCCCGACAGCCCAACGGCAGUUUCCGGACGUGCCUUAUGUACUUGCCUGUGGACUGGGAUCUGGAUUCUAUCAUCCAAUUUGGCCUUAACCACACAGAAACAUGCCAAGAUGGAUGGAUCUAUCCUGAUUCCAAGAGGCGAUCACUGAUCAAUGAGUUUGACCUGGUAUGUGGCGAGGAACCGCACAAGGAUGUUGUACAGACCAUAUUCAUGACGGGCUUGCUGAUAGGGUCUCUCAUCUUCGGGAUCAUAAGUGACAAGUUGGGCCGCUACCCUACCAUCCUGCUGUCGCUGCUGGGGCUGAUCAUCUUCGGCUUUGGGACAGCCUUCGUAAACAGCUUUCACCAGUAUCUGUUCUUCCGCUUCAGCCUCUCGCAGGCAGUGGUGGGCUAUGCCAUCAGCAGUGUGUCUUUAGCCACCGAGUGGCUAGUGGGCGAGCACCGGGCCCAUGCCAUCAUCCUGGAACACUGCUUCUUUGCUGUGGGGAUCAUGUUCCUGACGGGGCUUGCCUACAGCCUUCCCCACUGGCGGCUGCUGUUUCUGGUGGGUGGGGCACCUGUGUUCCCCCUCAUCUCCUAUAUCUGGAUUCUCCCGGAGUCCCCGCGAUGGCUGAUGAUGAAAGGGAAGGUGAAGGAGGCCAAGCAGGCGCUGUGCUAUGCAGCUAGCGUGAACAAGAAGAUCAUUCCUUUAAAUCUGCUGGAUGAGCUGCAGUUGCCUGGAAAGAAGGUGAAUACAGCCUCUGUCUUGGACUUCUAUAACAAUAGGCACCUCUGCAAGAUGACCUUGGUGAUGGGCUGUGUGUGGUUCACCAUCAGUUAUUGCUACUUUACGCUGAGCCUCAAGAUGAGAGAUUUUGACGUGAGCAUACACUUCAGACAGUUGUUCCCCAGCAUCUUGGAAGUGCCUGCCCGGCUGUGCUGCAUCCUUCUCCUUGAGCGGAUAGGGAGGAAGUGGAGUCUCGCUGUGACUGUCAUCCAAGCUGCCAUCCUGUGCUGUCUUCUCCUUUUCCUCCCUGCAGGUAUAGAGGGCCCCAGACUCAGGUGGCCAUGCUGUCUGGCCGUAGAGCUGAAAUCCAUAGUGAUCUCUGUGAUUGUGCUCGGGGAGUUCAGCCUGGCCGCCGCUGUCACCGUGUUCUUCAUCUACACUGCUGAGCUCCUCCCCACUGUCCACAGGACAACAGGUCUGGGGCUAGUGAGUCUGGCCUCCGUGGCUGGAGCCAUCUUGUCUCUAACGCUCAUCACCCAGACCCCCAGCCUCCUGCCCAUCUUUCUCUGCUGCAUCUCAGCCAUCCUGGCCUUGUCCUUUUCCUCCCUGCUGCCGGAAACUCGAGAUCAGCCCCUCUCCGACAGCCUGGAGCACCUCACCUCAUGGAUAAGGUAG